UGAGCCUUCAGCGUUCUGGUGAAUAGCUGCCAGAACUUUUUUUGCCAUGGGAGAUGAAACCAUGAAUGAGGAGGAGGCCCAAAUUUUGGAGAAGGCAUUGAUAGAGCUGCCCAUUUUUCAGGAUUGCCCAAGGCAACUGAUUCAUCAAAUCGCACAGAAGGCUUCAUGUCGAAGAUAUGAGGCCCUGGAGGAAGUGGUCUUCUCCGACCAGGUGCCGAUGCUGGUCGUUUUAUCCGGAACCUUACGGGUUUGUAUCGGCUGCGCACCCGAUUCAGAUGUUGGUCCCGGGGGAGUGAUGAACGUCUCGGGCAUGCUAGGCUUGCACGAGCUGGCGGAGCCUUUCAAGCCAAAGGCUGGAAAAAGCACCAAUGAAAAUAGCGAAGAUCUGGAGGAACCCAUGAGUGUCGAUGUGAAGACGAUGCAAGGGCCUCUGAAAGAUGAGGUAGUGAAUAUUUACAACCUCUGCCCCAUCUCUUGUGGCGUGGGUACGAAACAAACCAAUCUCUCGGGUUGGCUCCGCAUGGAUAUCAAGCCAGCUGAUGACCAGAGCGUCAAGGUGGCGAUGUUGACCCUGGACGUCAUUGAACCGAUUAUGCACAAAGGGGAAGCCUUGAAACCGUUUCACUCCAAUCUUUCUGUGCUAACGGAUCACUUCAUUUGCAUUUUGAGACAUGGUAUUUUUCCGGGAGUUCCACCAGAGGUCAUUUGGCUCAUUGCCUGUGGCUGUCAGAGGAAGCAUUACUAUCCUCGGGACACCUUAGUCGAAGAAGAUGACUUAGGAGAAGCUGCAGAUUGGCUCAUCGCCAUCAACAGUGGCAAGGCGGAUGUGGAGAAGUUGGCCUACAAUGGAGAGGAGGCGGUUCCGCAGAUCAUUGGUACCUUGACGGAGGGUGCCGUGUUGGGAGACGUUUGCUUCUUGCACGGCAUGGUGCCACGCGGUGCCACUGUAAGAGCUCAGACGGAGGUGGAUGCCAUUGCCAUCCCUCCCAGUGUAAUCCUAGAUGCGCUGGCACUGUACCCGGGCAUCACCGGUAGCUUCAUGGGCCGGCUGCGUGAAAUCGUCAUGCAGCUGCAGGGCUCCCUUCCCCGACCGGCGCAAGCACUCAAGGGAAUGCAGAUUUUUGCCUCGUGCGAUUUGCCAUUUCUGCGUGCUGUGGCCAGCGUCUCUGAACGGAAGGUGUUCUUCGCUGGUGAUGCCUGCCGCGAGGAGGGCGUGAUGGACGACACCCUGCGGGUCAUCGAAUUCGGGCGGUGCCGAGUGGAACGGCGACAAGGUGGUGCAGUGAAGCACUGUGGCUGGUGUGACGUUGGCACUGUGCUCGGUGAACGCAGGUUUUUCAACAUGCAGUCGAACUGGCCGGAUGCCUCGUUUCGAAUUGCGACUCCCUUGGCGUUGUUACUCUUCAUCCCAAGGCAGUCUUUCAAUGGAGUUCUAGAGAACUACCCUUCUGAGCAGCAACGAUUUCGACUGGUGAAGGAGACCAACAAGACCGAUGGCGGCAAUGCUCGGCGCGAGCACGAUGCGGCCAGCCUCAGUAUUCUGCAGGGUUGUGGUCCGGGAUUCCUGCAAGCCAUUGCAGGCUGCAUUCGCACAGUGACCUACAAGAUUGGACAUACCAUCACUGUUCAGGGUGCAGUCGACAGUGGAUCUAUGUACAUUAUCAAAGGCGGAUCGGCUGAGAUCUACGUGAAUCAUCGUUUCGUCAAAGAGGUGCACUCUGGGGAGAGCUUUGGCGAGUUGGCCAUUUUAGGCUUCGUGAAGCGGCGAAGUGCCGUGGUGCGAGCGAAGGAGAUCUGCAUAGUGUUGGAGAUGCCACGAGCGGCGUUCAUUGCUGCCUUGGAGGAUCACCCUGAGGAGCAGGAACACUUCCAAAAGAUUGGCCGUCAGCACGGUGUGGUGGUGGCCAGUACGCAAUGGCCACUUUUCGAGGGCGCUUCUCAAAAGUUGCUGUCCUUGAUCAACCUCUAUGCCAGGAAACACAUCACGGCCAAGGGACAUUGGUCCACCUUCAAUGGUGAACAGUUACCUGAGCAAGCCGCCAUUCUUGUCUUGCGUGGAGAGAUGCGUGUGGUGACUCCAGACAAGGGUGAACUGGUCUUCACUGAGGGCACCUGUUUCAAUGAGCAGCUGCUCUUUGGACUGCCACCACUGGAGGGGCGCUUGCAACCACAGGGCAACUGCGAGGUGCAGAUCAUGACCGCUGACAUCUUUGAUCGCGUUGUCUUGGAGUGCCCUACAGAGCGAGACUUCAUCAUGCAGCGCAUUGUCAAUGAGAUCGCCCGAAAAGCCGAGCAAAGCAUGGGCUUUGGACGAGGAGACCCCGGUGGUGCUUUGGUUCUAUCUACAGUGAUCCAGGUGGCCGCGGAUGACUUCGCGGAUCAGCUGCGGAAACGCAUCGACGCCCGGAUCUACGAGCCCGGCGCGGUGAUCACGGCGCCCCGGUUCGUGCUGGUGGAAGGUGAGGCUGAAAACGAGGGUGAUGGCCUGUGUCAUGGCAAAGCAUUGCCUUUGAAGGUUGGCAGUGUUUUUGGAGAGUCAGUUCUUCUUGGUGUUGCACGUACCUAUCCCAAUCGUACGCGAGCCUCCACCCGCUGCAUCGCUCUGGCCUUGACGCAGGACGUCUUUCAACAGGUGCUGGAGGAGUUCCCAUCGCAUGUCGAACUGUACAAUCACAUGGCCAUGGGCUCCAGUCAGACGGAAGUUGGCGCGUCGGAGCUGAACGUCCAACUGGGAAAGAGCCGCGCCUUUUCGAAUGUCAGCAAAGACUUCUUGAUGGUGGUAUGUGAGCGCGCAGAUGAGGUCUAUUUCGGUCCAGGGGACGACAUCUUCCGGCGCGGAGAGGUGUGUAAACUGGGAGAGUCCCUGAUGUAUAUUCUGCUGCAAGGGGCAGCUAUUGUAGAAGGAGAGUAUGGGGAUGAGCUCGGGAGGUUGAACCCUGGCGAUGUGGUGGGCGAGGGCGGUGCACUGGGAAUCGCCCCCAUCCGUGGCGCCACCGUGCGGGCCUGGCGUGAUAGCUUGGUACGAGCCGUUCGGCUUCACGGCAGCUCAGUGCAAAGGGCGGUGACCGCCUUCCCGGAUGAGUACCAAUCCUUACAGCAAAUCUUCCAGAAGCGCGCCUCUGCCAACAAGGAGGUGGAACGUGUGCGGCAGAAGUGGUUGCAGGAGCAGGUCAUUCCUGCAUUGAACACCUGUCGUAUUUUUCAAGGCUUUCCAGAGCCAAUCAUCCGGAAGAUUGCUGAACACCUUCUUCAGGCCACCUACACUUGUGUCUCGGAUGCAGUGUCAGAUGGCAUCAUAUGGCAUCCAUUGACGUGUUGUUUUCAGAGCAGCGGUGCAGUGCAGCAGUACCACAAGCGGGUCAAGUCCUCCUCGAUCCGACACGGACCUGCAGAGAUCUUGGAUCUGCUAAGCAUCAGCAUCUCAAUGCCAGUCUAUGAUCUUUGCCCUUUUUGUACUCGAGCGCGGAUGAUUUUUGGACUGAAGAAGAUCCCACAUCGCCUGAUUUUCAUGUCAUAUGAUGAUGUGGAGACGCCAAGUGCUCUGAUUGGGAAGAAGUUGGCACCGAUUCUUCACCUUCAUGGCCAAGAUCCAUUCCCAGAAUCCUUGGAUAUCAUCAAGCGAGUGGAUGAAGAUGCGAGGUGGGGUCCCCCACUGUUGCAGAAGGCUUCUGGAAGGGAGGACUUGAAGCUCUUCGAAAAGAAUCAUUGGCCCUUGAUGCGGCUGUUGAUUCACACGCGUUUUGUCCACGCCUACAUGCCGGACUUGACAUUCCAAAGUGCCCGCGAGUACUUUGUGGCGCAGCAUCCUGUCCAAGGGCCGAAUGGAGAAGAGCGUCCACAUCAAGAUGAAUGGCGAAGCUGGGACCAGGCGAAGCGUUUCUCCUGGUAUCAGCAGAACUUGCAGCGGAGCGACAAGGAGUUGAUUCCCAAGCUCAAUGAAGAUCUGAAGGAAGCAGAAGAUUUGAUCUUCCAGGAGGACAGUGUCUCUCCGGGCGGGGUGGGCUACGACGACGUGAUCUUCUUCUGCCGUGUGCGUUAUUUGCCGCUGAUUUUGGGCCUGAAGCCAGGACCAAAGCUGGAGGUGUCCCUGGCGCUGUUUGUGCCACAUGGUGGACAAGUGGUGUGCACUGCCGGCAACGGAGCAGACUCAAUGAUCAUUUUCCUGAAGGGCGAGGCUGAUGUCUACACCAAGUCAGGAGAUUUGAUUGGCCGUUUGUCUGAUGGGGCUGUCAUCGGUGAGAUUGCAGUCCUAGGCUUGUUCCCAUGGCGCACCGCAACCAUCCGUGCCACCAGCAACUCUGAUGCGGUAUUGAUCACCGCCAACCUCAUCUCUCGAAUUCUUCAGGGUGACGAUGCAUCUGCAGCCCGGCAGCGCUUUGACCAGCUCUGUUCCGAGCGCCGAUCGCAAGUGGAAGCUGGUAUGCCAUUGUGCAUCCUGCCCUUCAAUGUCAGUGUGAAAGACGUGGUGGCUCGAGCAGUGGCGUUGCAUGCGAUCCGCUACAGCUUCAACACGGGCGAUGUCUUUGUGCCCAAAGUGCAAGCGCAAGGGCCACACUACUGGGUGAUGGUUUCAGGUAGUAUGAACUUGAUGAUGGGUUCUCGCCACAUCAUGCUUUUCAGCUCUGGAUCCAUCUUACCCGAGCACAUUGCCUUUGAAUACGGUGCAUCCAUCCAUGCUGCCACAGUUUGUGAGGUCCCGACGGUCGGAACGAGAAAAACCAUGGAGGACAUGGUGAAACCACAAAACACAAAGAGAAAACGGAAAGGGUCUUGUCGGUCCAUGGUGUUUUGA